CCGACGAGCCGAGUUGCAUGAUCGAGUAUUCUUGAGGUUUAGCUCGUGACUCUAGGCUUUGGAGGAUGCAGACGAGAAAAUGCAUUUCGAAGCUCAUCAGACGCUGGCACGACUGUUCGACAAGAUCCAUUCAGACGACAAAUGAGGAAAGGCAUUCCAAGGCUUAUCGGAGGCUGGUACGCCUGUUCAAAAAGUUUCAUUGGGAUAACAUGACGAUUCUCAAGCAUUUAAUCUAUGCCAAGGACGACAUACAACCGCUGGUAGACGGUACCACCAAAUCAAGGGUCGGCCUUGAAGUGCUGAGAAAGAAGAGAGUGUUGCUACUAAUAUCAGAUCUUGACAUUGCCAUUGAAGACAUAGAGCUUCUCAACGACGUCUACAGAGAGUCUUGCGCAAGGCCUGAGAACCCGUUCAAAAUAGUGUGGCUUCCAAUUGUGGAUAUCGAUCCAAAAUCAGCUGCUUGGGAUAUGACCCAUCAGCCGAAGUUCGAGGAGCUGCAGAGGAGCAUGCCAUGGUACACUGUCGUCCACCCCUCAAUCCUUGAACCAGCCGUGAUCGAGUACACAAGAGAGGUGUGGCAUUUCUUGAAGAGGAUCAUCAUAGUAGCUCUGGAUCCACAGGGGAAAUUGGCGAGCGCCAAUGCCUUCCACAUGAUUUGGAUAUGGGGAAUCUUGGCCUUCCCUUUCACUAAGGAACGAGAGGAAGCGCUGUGGAAGCAGGAGAGUUGGGGACUCAAGCUAAUCGUUGAUGGCUCAGACGACGGGACUAUAACAGAAUGGAUGGAAGAAGGAUCAUGCAUCUGUCUAUAUGGAGGUGAGGACCUUGAUUGGAUCAGGAGGUUCACAAACGCAGCCAAAGGGGUCGCUGAGAUUGCUGAUAUCCCAUUGGGAAUGAUAUACGUGGGAAUGAGCAAUGCCAUGGAGCGAGUGCAGACAACUGCAGCGGCAAUCAGGACAGAGAGUCUGAGUGACUGCUGGGGAGACAUAACAUGCUGGUUCUUUUGGGGAAGACUCGAGAGCAUGCUCUACUCGAAGUUGCAACAAGGGAUGUCCACUGAAACCGAUCCAGUUUUGGAUGAGAUCAUGACGAUACUAAGCUACGAUGCGAGCGACCAAGGAUGGGCUCUUUUCUGCCAUGGUCCGGGACCGCCAAUGGCGAGAGCCAAGGGCGUCGAAGUCUUGCAGAGCAUGGAGGAGUUCGACAAGUGGAAGGGCAAUGCAGAUCAGAAGGGUUUCGUUUAUGCGCUGCAGGACCAUCUAAGACAGAAGGAGCUUGAGACUCCACAAGCCCGCAGCGGAAUUUCGAUGAUGAUCGUGUGCGCGGAGUGUGGCCGUGCGCAUGAGGCCACGCUGUUCAAAACGUACAGCUGCUGCACCGAAUACGCAGAAGUUUAACUACGGUCACUUGGAUGUGAAGAUAUCUUCUGAUAUGCCAUCCUGAGGCGCAAGAUUUAAUUGUGGAAGAUAGCGAUGCUGGUUGGGGCGUCCAGCCUGGUGCGGUGUUUAUUCAGAGCCUGGCUCUGGCUAUCAUGCAAUCUAUCCUUUCUUUUUUUCUUUCCGGUUUCCUUUUGCGGUUUCAAUGGUGUUCUGUUUCAAAGUGU